GUCGGCCCUCCCUGCACUUGCUCGCCAAGCUCACUCUGGUCGAGUGAGGAACAACCUCGGAGGAGAUUGUUCGGCGAGGUUAGGGGGCAAACAGAAAGCGGCCCUCUUAAAAAUGGGGUCUGCGGAGAGUUUUUAAGAAGAGGAAGGAAUCAUGAACGGCACGGGGCAGGAAGGUCUGAUCCCGGGCUACCGCAACCGCAGCCAAACGUCGCUCCCCAAAGAGGACCCGCAGGUUCCCGAGCGGGAUUCUUCGGCGGGAUGUUAUGACCAGCUGCUGAUCUCCACUGAGGUCUUCCUGACUCUGGGCAUCAUCAGCUUGCUGGAGAACGUCCUGGUGGUUUUGGCCGUCGUCAAGAACAAGAACCUGCACUCGCCCAUGUACUUCUUCAUCUGCAGCCUGGCCGUGGCUGACAUGCUGGUGAGUGCCUCCAACGCCUCGGAAACCAUCGUCAUCGCGCUCAUCAAAGGCGGCACGCUGAACAUCCCGGUGCAGCUCAUCAAGUGCAUGGACAACGUCUUCGACUCCAUGAUCUGCAGCUCGCUGCUGGCGUCCAUCUGCAGCCUGCUGGCCAUCGCCGUCGACCGUUACAUCACCAUCUUCUACGCGCUGCGCUACCACAACAUCGUCACCCUGAGGAGAGCCACGCUGGUCAUCGGCAGCAUCUGGACCUGCUGCGUCGCGUCGGGCGUCCUCUUCAUCAUCUACUCGGAGAGCACCACCGUGCUGGUGUGCCUCAUCGGCAUGUUCUUCACCAUGCUGGUGCUCAUGGCCUCGCUGUACGUGCACAUGUUCCUGCUGGCGCGGCUGCACAUGAAGCGCAUCGCCGGACUGCCGGGCCAGGCGCCGGUCCAACAACGCGCCAACAUGAAGGGCGCCAUCACGCUCACCAUCCUGCUGGGCGUCUUCGUGGUGUGCUGGGCGCCCUUCUUCCUGCACCUCGUCCUCAUGAUCAGCUGCCCCCGCAACCCCUACUGCACCUGCUUCAUGUCUCACUUCAACAUGUACCUCAUCCUCAUCAUGUGCAACUCCGUCAUCGACCCCAUCAUCUACGCCUUCAGGAGCCAGGAGAUGAGGAAGACCUUCAGGGAGAUGAUCUUCUGCUCCAACACCCUCGUGUGCAUGUGAACGUUAAGCUUUUCGGCUUUGAUCGGGUUGACCUGCGGUUGGUUUUACGAAGGGAGCCUUCCUUCGA